CUUUUGACAUCUUGAGUGUCAUGCAUCAUGUACAUUUCACGUCUUUGGAUAUUUUUUGGUGCUUUGGUGUCUUCAAAUGCUCUGGACCGCUGGAAUACAAGAUGUAUAGAUGUCACCGUCAAAGCCUCUCUGAAAUCCGAAGUCUUUCUCCCAUGUCACUUUAAUAUAAGCCAUUAUAAUGGAACAUUGACAUUGAAUUGGAGCCACUAUCCCACUAAUAACAGACUUGUAACGAUCAUGACUGAUGGCAAAAUCAUCUUUGGAAGUCCUAGUGAAGGACGAGUGAAUGUUUUUCCCCUUCUUUCUAAACAUGGAAACUUCUCUAUCCUCAUCCAUGAUCUGCAGUCUUCAGACAUUGAUACCUACUUAUGUCAGCUGAACAGUGAAUGCUGGAGGGUGAAGAUCAUUGAACGUCGUCCAUACAGUAAGAUCAGAAUCAGUGAGCCAAACCCCUGGUUCUACUUUGCAGCUGGAGCUGGAUUGUUUAUUCUCCUUUUUAUUGCAUUCAGCCUGUUAUCAAAAUUCUGUGGAAAGUGUGUAAAUACAUCAUCCAAAUCGAAUCCAGUUAAUAAAGUACAGAGUGAAGGUAGUAAUUCCCCUCAAGAAACACAGAAUAUUGAAAGCAGUGAACAUAGAAACAAAAACAAGUGGGGUGUGAGGAGGGGCCCUACAACUGUUUAUGAAAAUGACAUACAUGCUCCAAAUCAAAGUUCUGAUGUGCAGCAGGGGCAACAUCCUCAGAGAGCCUUCAGAGCCGUUCCCGAGCCAACAAGAAGUCAUCCUUCGGAUGCAAAACCAUACUACGUCAACCAGGCGGAGCUCUCCAUUCCAGUAAAUGCUGGCAAAAAACGGAAAAAACAAAAAAAUUAUCAGUUUAAAAAUCCAAUAUAUGCAGACUGA